GCACUACUGAGGACUGUUCAAUAGAAGCAGUCUGCACUACUGAGGACAGAUGGGGAGGCUGCAGAGGUCUCUGUCUGUGAGACUGGGAUGAGAUAGACGUUACACUAUAUGGAGGAAUGGAAUCUUUACAAGAGCAACAGAGAAGAAGAGAAAGCAUUCAGUGAUAUCGUUGGUCUCGUUGUUUUGAAGAAGAUUGUAAUAACUUAGCCAUGGAGCCCAUAUCUCUUCCAAUGACUUCUCUCUUAGAGCCUGGGGUGAGGGACCCCAACCUAACAGUAUGCAGGAAUGUGACUUUUAACGAAACAGUGGUGGAGGCCUCAAUGUCUAGGAUGAGCUCUGUCAUCAUCCCUUUUAUUUAUUUGCUGGUUUGUGCCAUUGGACUCAGUGGAAAUACUCUAGUCAUCUAUGUUGUCCUCCGUUAUGCCAAGAUGAAGACUGUUACUAACAUCUACAUUUUAAACCUAGCGGUAGCAGAUGUUCUUUUUAUGUUAGGACUGCCCUUCCUUGCUACCCAAAAUGCCAUCUCUUAUUGGCCCUUUGGAACUUUUCUUUGCAGGCUGGUGUUGACAGUGGACGGUAUAAACCAGUUCACCAGUAUAUUCUGCCUUACGGUUAUGAGCAUUGACCGCUAUUUGGCAGUGGUUCAUCCAAUCAAGUCAACAAAGUGGAGGAGACCCAGAGUGGCCAAGUUAAUUAGUGCCACGGUUUGGACCAUUUCUUUUCUGGUCGUCCUCCCAGUUGUCAUCUUUUCAGAUGUCCAACCAGACUUCCACACGUGCAACAUUAACUGGCCCGAGCCAGUGAAUAUUUGGUCUACUGCAUUCAUUAUCUACACCUCUGUGUUGGGCUUCUUUGGACCUCUAUUGGUGAUUUGCCUCUGCUACCUUUUAAUUGUCAUUAAGGUGAAGUCUUCUGGUCUUCGUGUAGGAUCCACCAGGCGUAGAAGAUCAGAACGUAAAGUCACGAGAAUGGUGGUUAUCAUAGUGGCCGUCUUUGUGUUUUGUUGGCUUCCCUUCUACAUAUUGAACAUUGUCAAUUUAACAUUCAUUGUACCGGAGGAACCAGCCUACGUCGGUGUGUAUUUCUUUGUGGUCAUUCUAUCUUAUGCCAACAGUUGCGCCAACCCGAUCCUCUACGGCUUCCUGUCAGACAAUUUCAAGCAAAGUUUUCAGAAGGUUCUCUGCCUUCGCAAAAGCAAUGGCAUCAAGGAUGCCGACCUGACCGAAAAUAGGCAAGAAAAGAGCAGUCGAAUCCAGGAGACCAUGCUCACGUCAAGGAACUCUGAAUUUAACGGGCACAUGCAAACAAGCAAAGUCUGAGACGCCAGAUCCUUCACAAGGAAUGUAAAUAGGCACAGAGCACUUGAGGCAAAUAUAUAUGGGUUUUCAUGGAUUAGAAAUGAAAAUCUUGACCCUGAGGGAAUUCUUCUUGGAAUCUAUUUGAACAUGAUGGUGUUUUCUACCCAUAACUGGAAUAACAUUCAGAGGAACAUAGACUGCCGUUGUUCUAUAAAUGUCAUGCUUGGUUUCACCAGUCGAUAAUGACGUUUCUCUCUCUCGCAUCCCAUGCAUUAUUCUUCCCAGCCCUUCCCCCGCUUACACCCAAGAACAAUUCAUUGUAACCCACUUCACGUGAAGCUAUAUUGUUGGCAAUUACAGCUGUGAAACAACAUAUCAGGUUCAUGUUCAGAAUAAAAUACCCAUGAAAUAUGUGCGGCAUUGUAAUAUAAACACACGUCACAUUUCCAUA